GGCGGGGGCGGUGGACGCAGAGGGAGAGGGGCGGGCCCGGCCCGGCCCGGCUCGCCCCGGCCGCCCGCGCGCGGCUCCUAGAGCGCCCCGGGCCCAGCCCGGUUGGCGGCGGCGGUGGCCGUAGCCGGAGGCCUCGGUUGUGCCCGCCCGCCGCGCCGCAGACAUGGCCCUGGUGACCCUGCAGCGCUCGCCUACGCCCAGCGCCGCCUCCUCCUCCGCCAGCAACAGCGAGUUGGAGGCUAGCAGUGAUGAAGAUCGCAAGUUAAACCUCAGUGUAAGUGAGAGCUUUUUCAUGGUGAAAGGAGCAGCCCUCUUCUUACAGCAGGGGAGCAGCCCUCAAGGCCAGCGAAGUCUUCAGCAUCCCCACAAGCACGCAGGUGACUUGCCCCAACACCUUCAAGUAAUGAUCAAUCUUCUGCGAUGUGAAGACAGAAUCAAGCUGGCCGUGCGCCUGGAGAGCGCCUGGGCGGAGCGGGUGCGGUACAUGGUGGUGGUGGACAGCAGCGGGCGGCAGGACACAGAGGAGAGCAUCCUGCUGGGCGUCGACUUUUCCAGUAAGGAAAGUAAAAGCUGUACCAUUGGGAUGGUUCUCCGACUGUGGAGUGACACGAAAAUCCACCUCGAUGGCGAUGGUGGAUUCAGCGUCAGCACAGCAGGAAGGAUGCACGUCUUCAAGCCCGUGUCGGUCCAGGCCAUGUGGUCCGCCCUGCAGGUCCUGCACAAGGCCUGCGAAGUGGCCCGAAGGCACAACUACUUCCCCGGGGGCGUGGCCCUGGUCUGGGCCGGCUACUACGAGAGCUGCGUGGGCUCCGAGCAGAGCUGCAUCAACGAGUGGAACGCCAUGCAGGACCUGGAGUCCACGCGGCCCGACUCCCCAGCGCUGUUUGUGGACAAGCCGACUGAAAGGGAAAGGACCGAGCGCCUCAUCAAAGCCAAACUCCGGAGCAUCAUGAUGAGCCAAGACCUAGAAAAUGUGACCUCCAAAGAAAUCCGUAAUGAAUUGGAGAAACAGAUGAACUGUAACUUGAAAGAAUUCAAGGAAUUCAUAGACAAUGAGAUGCUUCUAAUCUUGGGACAGAUGGACAAGCCCUCCCUCAUCUUCGAUCAUCUUUAUCUCGGCUCUGAAUGGAAUGCGUCCAAUCUGGAGGAACUGCAGGGCUCAGGUGUUGACUACAUUUUAAAUGUCACUAGAGAAAUAGAUAAUUUUUUCCCUGGCUUAUUUGCAUAUCACAACAUCCGAGUCUAUGAUGAAGAGACAACAGACCUCCUGGCCCACUGGAACGAAGCGUACCAGUUCAUAAACAAAGCGAAGCGGAACCAUUCCAAGUGCCUGGUGCACUGCAAAAUGGGAGUCAGUCGAUCCGCUUCCACAGUCAUAGCCUACGCGAUGAAGGAAUUCGGCUGGCCCCUGGAGAAAGCGUACAACUACGUGAAGCAAAAGCGCAGCAUCGCACGGCCCAAUGCAGGCUUUAUGAGACAGCUGUCUGAGUACGAAGGCAUCUUGGACGCAAGCAAACAAAGGCACAACAAGCUGUGGCGCCAGCAGACUGAAAGCUGCCUCCAGCAGCCUACGGAUGACCUUGUGGGGUCUGCCGACUUCUUGUCGGAGACCCUGGAUGACGCCCCAGAAGCCCGGCUGCCCUGCUUGGAUGCUGCUGCUCAGCCUGCGUUCCCAGGCAGCGGGGCCCCAGGAGGGCGGGGGCCCUCUCUCUCCUGCUGUUUCCGGCGGCUCUCGGACCCCCUCCUGCAUUCCCCCAACGACGAAGUGGGCAGUUUGGUCCAGCUGGAGGACCUGGAGAAGGACGCUCUGUCAGAGGAAGCCACUCAGCCAGCAGAGGAGGUGCACAAGCCAGCCAGGCCUCCCCAGGGAGGCCCAGGGCUCCGUGAGAAGGAGGCGCAGAAGAAGCCCGAGUCUGGGAGCCCGAAAGCCCAGCGGGGGCCCUCGCCCCAGGUAGAGGAGAUGGAGAGGGAGGAGACUCCAGGAGUAGGGAGGUGGGGAAGGUCCCCACCCCAGCUUGAUAAAAACCUGCUCAACCGGGAAAACCUAAAUAACAACAACAGCAAGAGGAGCUGUCCAGACGACUUCGAGCACGAUGCUAUAUUUGGGAUCCUCAGCAAAGUGAAGCCCUCCUACAAAUCCUGUGCUGACUGCAUGUACCCGACAGCCAGUGGGGCUCCUGAGGCCUUCCGGGAGCGACGCGGGAACACUGGCGCACCCGCCAUCUGCACUCAGCCAACCUUCCUGCCCCACCUCACGUCGUCUCCUGUGGCUCACACAUCCGUCAGGUCCCGCGUUCUGGAGAAGCUGGCCUCUGGCCCAACUGAAACGCCCCCGUUCCUACCACCAGCAAGCCCCAGGAGGCCAGACACCAGUGGCUCUGGGGCUAGAGUUGCCCCAGAACUAACAGCUAGCCUUUUGGAACCUUCCAGAGAGACCCAAAAAGUCCUGCCAAAGUCCCUCCUUCUGAAGAAUUCUCACUGUGAUAAGAUCCCUCCCAGCAUGGAGGUGGUAAAGGAAGAAUCACCGCCCAAAAAAGAUGUGAAGCCGGCCAAGGACCUGCGUCUGCUGUUCAGUAAAGAGGCCGAGAGGCCGACCACACACAGCUACCUGAUGCAGCACCAGGAGUCCAUCAUGCAGCUGCAGAAGGCAGGCUUGGUCCGCAAGCACACCAAAGAACUGGAGAGGCUAAAGGGCACGGCCGCAGAGCCAGCGUCCCCCUUCAGGGACGGCGCCAGCAGGCUGGAGGCCAGCAUCCCCGAGGAGAACCAGGACCCUGCUCCUGUCCCUGCCCCAGGGGCCCUGGCUCUGCCUGGCCAGGACGGGAGUGACGAGAAGUCAGAGGCCACCCCUGUUCCACUCGAGGGAGCCUCGCUGAAGAGCCCCAGUCCCUUCCUCUGCCGCCUGGAUCACACCAGCCACUUCUCGAAAGACUUCCUGAAGACCAUCUGCUACACCCCCACCUCGUCCUCCAUGAGCUCCAACCUGACCCGCAGCUCGAGCAGUGACAGCAUCCACAGCGUUCGUGGGAAGCCAGGGCUGGUGAAGCAGCGGACCCAGGAGAUCGAGACUCGGCUCCGGCUCGCGGGACUCACCGUCUCGUCCCCACUCAAGCGCUCACACUCUCUUGCCAAGCUCGGAAGUCUCAACUUCUCCACAGAAGACCUAGCCAGCGAGGCUGACGUGUCCACCAUUGUUGACUCCCAGGAUGCCAAGUUGAGCGAGGCCGCCUUUCUGCAUGAGCCCCGGGCAACCCCCGGGCACCCAGCCGCCACCUCUAAACCAUCAGGGAACUCUGCCCCAGAAAACUUGAAAAGCCCCUCGAGGCUGAGCAAAAGCUGACCCGCCUCUAGCCCAUCACAUGAACCCUUAGUUUCACUGUGGGUUUUGGCUGGCCCUUCACAUCUUGAUUUCUCUUAAAGGAUGGUGUUCUAACUCCCCGCCCCCACCUUGCCAGAGGGGAGGAGAAGAAAAAAGCUCGCAGCCCAAGAAGAAGGGAGUGUCCGUUGUGUGGCUGGGAGAACCAGAAGCUGUCAGCCAGCAGGCUCUGAGCCCAGGUCAUGGGUUUUCCAGAAUCGUGUCUGCAGAAGAACACAGAUAGAUAUGCACGCACAUCAAAAGUACUCCAUUUGCAACACGCGCGAGAACAGUCACGGUGAUGGCCUCUGAACCGUGGCGCGCGUUCUGAGCUCGUUCAGGCCCUCAUGGGGAAAAUCUUGGGUGGCAAUAUAAGUCCUACCUCUGUUCUCGCUGAGCUUUUUAUUUUUAAAACACACUGAUGAGCAAGGCUCAUUCCAGGGAAUAAUGCUAUGUCAGAAACAGGUUUUCCAAAAAGGAGGGUUGUUUUGUUUUGUUUUGUUUUGUUUUCAUUUGGGACCCCCAAAAGUGUUAGGAUUUCUGAUUCAACUACACCUGCUGUCGUUGGGCCAGCUCCGUGGCACCUGGAGAUCAUCCGUUCGGCAGACUUGUCCGUCCCAGCCGUCUGUCGUCACGGCUGAGUGGUGUGUCUGGCCCAUGCUAGGGUCUGGUGGGGGGGGAUGUGUAUGAUGUCCUCCGCUGUUGCUCAUGGGGGACUUUAAGUGGCCCCCCCGCAUGGGGGGAAGGGCCCACAGAGCACUGCUGAGUCUCCUCUGCUGUCGAGCCCAGUAGCUGUGAAGAGUUGCAAAGGCACCUCGUGGUGGCCGUCGUCUUGAGAUGCAGGUCAUCCAGAAGCCCCAGCACUCAGGAUGGCUUGGUUACAUCUACUUGUAUUUGGGGAAGAAAAGUAAAAUCGAGCAGUGGGAAAUGAUCGGUUCCGCUCCAAGAGCGACUGAGCAGGAGCUUCUCCGAGAGAAAUGCCGCUGGCGAAAAGCUUCACAGACGUUUACAGUCGCCGCUCUCUGUGCAGGGAGCGCCGCCGCCUGUCUCGCUCUGGCUGUUCCGAGUGGCAGAGGUGGGGCCCAGGGGGGCCUGCGGACCCAGCCUGGGCUCUGCGAGUGGCUCCAUUAGAAUCAGGUGGGCUCAGUGCGUCACGUUGCCGAGGGCUCUAGACUCAAGUGAACGGUCCUCUGGUGUCAGUCAGUAAGGCGGGAUGUUAAAAUAUUUCGAGAAGAGCGAAGGGGCUUGAUUAGAAAGGUUUAUUUGGGGGUCAGCAAACUGUGGUAUGUGCUCUCAUGAACUAAGAAUGGUUUUUACAUUUUUUCAGGGGUUGUAAGAAAAAGAAACUAAUAGGCAACAAAGGCCACAGAGCCUGCCAAGCCUAAGAUGUUUAUCAGGCCCUGUGUAGAAAAAGUUUGCUGACCCCUGGUCUUAGUCAAUAGCACAGGGCUGUCCAGGGCCCCCUACAAAGAACCUGGGCAAAUGUGAAGGCCUCCCUGCCGCUAGACACCUCAAGCCCAAUCCACCUCCUGACCCUGACCUUGCCAGCCUACCCACAGCUGUCUCCUGCAGGGUGGCCAGCUCUGUCCGUGGGGAAACCCUCCUGGCUGAAGCUUAUCCGCAGGGGCAGCUCCCCCUCAGCAGGGUCAGCCAGAUUAAGUCAGUGAAAGUGGACAGCCUCCAGGGGCCAGCCGGGUUCUCACAGUGGGGGCACGGGCUGCCGUCUUCCAUUAGUCUGAAAGGACCCCCGACAGCCGCCGCCGUGUGCAGGCCCGGGCAGGGUCUUCGGGACCAUGUUCACCUAAUGCGAGAGUUUUGGGGAAAAGCCCUCUUUCCAGGAACUUUCUCUCCCUGACCUUAUCCUUUUCAUUUUUAGACAUAUAUGUUAUUUUACUUUGUAGGAAUUUGUUUUCCCACCACUGUUAAUUGAAAUCACAUUAAAAGGUGAUUACUCACUUUUCUUGAAAACUCUGUUAGGUUUUUCUCCCUCUCUCUCAGCCAACUAAAGCAUAUUCUCCAAAAAAAAAAAAAAUCCAGUUCAGUAUGUUUUGCCAAAUUAAAUUUCAUGUGGUGGAUUAAUUUUUGUGUCAAAAUAAUCCUUUAGAUUUGGUGAUGACAGGUUAUGUUUCUGCUUCUUUAAACCAUGCCUGUGCAUGAGAGUGAUAUAUUUUUGAAAACUUUAAUUUUGAAAGCCAUAAUUUUUCUUACCCAGUUAAAGGGCAGGAGGAGGAUGACAAAUCGGAGUGGGUUUUUGGCUUUUGUCAAAGUCAUCUCUGCGUUUUCAGAAUCACAGUCGGCAUAUUAACAUGGAAACAGACCAGGGCCCCGUCAUCAGAGCAGAACGAAGCCUUCUUGACCUGGGGGAGAGACUGAGAAAAGGAAGGAGCCUUUUCUCCCAGCCCCAGACCAGGUCGUGUGUCAGCCUGUGGCGAGUUGCUCUUUGAAACACACUGACCAGAGCAUCCCCCCAGGUCCCCGCGGCAGAGGGGCUCACGCUGCUCUCUGAGGAGACGGUUUGCUCCAUAAGAUGCGCCACACCCUGACCGACCUUCUGUUUCUAGUCUUAGCCGAUGGGGAAAAUUGCUGAGAUGAGCGGCACAAGCAAGCGGCAGGGUGUGUGCCUCGAAAAGUCAUUGAUAUCAGUGACCACCAUGCUCAUGGAGCGCUUUUGUCAAAUUAGGAGAGAACAAAAAUGCCCUGGGUCAGCUCGACACCGCAUACUCAGCUGCACCUCAGUCUUCCAUCUCACCUUCCCGUCACUCUUGUUCCUGUGGCAUGCCACCAGGGAGACUGAACCAGACCUCCGUGUGGCACCGACACAGAGGUCACCUGGUCACGUUCUGUCACGUGUGAGUGGGAAGCUGGUCCUGGAGUGAGGAGGAACCACGUUGCCCUCUGAUUGUGCCCUGACAAAGCUGGGGUCCCCACGUCUUUGUCCUGGAGCAGUGUCUGUUGUUGCCUGAGCUUCUCGUUUGUCAGUGUGGGGACGCAGGCCGACCUCUGGGCUGGUGACAGUUCUCUGUCAGGUAGUGGCACCCCGUCCACCUGGUAUGCAGAUCACGCACCAGGUACCCCGAUGGCCGCACUGUCCAACCCUCUGCCCUACCCCGCUCUCUACAACUGAAAAGCACUGCAGCCCGUUCUCAUGCCUUUUCCCUCCUGGGUCAGCAAGCCCAGAGUGUGCCACAGGCCGGAGCCAAGUUUGCAAUAGAGUUAACGCCUUCGGGGCGGCCCUGUGCUUUGGCCCUUCUGUCUCCAUACAGGCCCCAUCCUAGAAGGCUGAUGAAGCCCUGUGCUUCCUGGGGCCGUUCCUCCCCGUUGGGAACAAAGCUGCAUCAUGUAGGCAAGAUCAUGUAGGUGACCUCCCUCAAGGUGUCCCAAGAGGGACUUGCUCGCUGUGGCCGGAAAUGCCUGGUGCCAGAGUACAUUUCAUCCAACGCUGCUCUGGCUUGCCACCCAGCAGGGCUGCCCAGACACACACACCGUAGUGAGGGUGACCAUGUCACUGCUGGCCAGAGAGGCAGGUGGGCUGGGGAAACUGGGACAUCCAGACAGUGCAGGGUCGCCUGCUCUGGCCCGCCCUGCAGGUUGUUCCCUUCACUGCAUGCCAAAGGAAGGUAGGUAGUCGACUGACCUCCCAGCUCAGCUCCUGGGUCCUUUCAUUUUCUGCUCUGAAACUGAACACCUGUUUGACUUCACUCCGCUUAUACAUGUUUGAGUAUGUAUGUACUUGAGUCAUACCAUCAUGGGCGUCACCUCUCAUUCACACACGCACUGUCACCGAGCUGUGAAGCAGGUCACCUGGAGCAAUCUGGACCCGACUGCCUUGUUUGGUCUUGGAGGAGGGGCUGCGGCCCUGGCUUCAGUCAGCCCCUUAAACAGGAGGCAUUACGGCCUGACCACCAGUCCUCUGCUGUCCCCUCCGGCAGCGGUGCUGCACAAGAAGGUGGCUGCCUCCUCCCUCUUUCCCGACACUGUAAUUGUUGUUUUACAAUGGAGUGCCUUAAUAAUAGUUUACAAAUACUGUGUAUUUAUGGGAAACUGUUAAGCUCUCACCUUCUGUGAUUGGAUACUUUGCCUUGUCCGCGGCGGUUGGGGCCGGGGUGCGCCCUGUCCCGUCCCCGUGCUCAUCUGCUGUGCAGUCUUGCACGCGCACCCACAGCUGUGCAAGGAGCUUUGCUAGAAAUGGCUCUGGGGGUUCUGCAGGCAAGGCAGGCACUGGCUCACGCCGUGACCCGGAACAGUGAGGAGAGACUAGAACUCCGUGUGCCAGCCAGCCGAGGGGAGGGGGCGCAGCCCCGGCCACGCCCUCCACCCCAUCACACAGCUGCGCUCUUCUUCAGUAGAGAUUCCUUUUUGUUGUUGUUACCACCUGGGCCACCCUAUUUUCUUCUUUGCUGGUGUCCUGAGCUCUUCGCAACAAAAUGCAGGUACAGAACCCUCCCCCGCCCCCCCAAAAUCAGGAGCUCCACAAGAUGGGUUGCCCUUUGGUUUUCAGAAGCUGCCAGUGGGUUCUGAUGUGUUGCGUAAUGAUAUCAGUUUUCUUUAUUAUAUUGUUUUUUCUUUUUUUUAUAGUAUAUAUUUAAAAGGCAGUAUCUUUUGUACUGUGAAUUUGCAGUAGAAGAUGCAUAACGCACUUUUUUUUUUACUUCUGUUGGUGUGUACUGUACAUAUAGUCUGUGUGCUUCUCGUGAUGAAAAUAAACUUUUUCUUUACAAAUG